GCAUCCAGCGGCUCUGCCAAUGCCCAAGAAGCUUCAUCACACCUUAUUAGCUAGAGCUAGCCAUGGCAUGCACUAUGCAGGACAGCUCCAGUCCAGGUCCAUACAUACCUGCACUGCAAUGCUUGUCUUGACCGAAGCUUCCUCCUCAUCCAUGGCAGUAGGUUGAGCUGCUUGCUCACUAUAUAUACAGCACCAUCCAUGCCGAGCUCUCCAUCUCAAUUCAUCAGCUGCAAGCUAGCUAGCCUUCACUCAAGCAUCACAAAACCCUACUACUGCCACCUUCAGCACCUGCAUAGAUACAUAUAUACAAACACUUCACAACAAUCUAUCUGCUCGAUCGUCUUCAUCAAUUCCCAAGCCAAUAAUCAACAAUGGUGGUUCCCGUGAUCGACUUCUCCAAGCUGGAGCUGGACGGCGCCGAGAGGGCGGAGACACUGGCGCAGAUCGCCAAUGGCUGCGAGGAGUGGGGCUUCUUCCAGCUCGUGAACCACGGCAUCCCGCUGGAGCUUCUCGAGCGCGUCAAGAAGGUGUGCUCCGACUGCUACCGCCUCCGUGAGGCCGGCUUCAAGGCGUCGGAGCCGGUGCGCACGCUGGAGGCGCUCCUCGACGCGGAGCGGCGCGGCGAGGAGGUGGCGCCCGUGGACGACCUGGACUGGGAGGACAUCUUCUACAUCCACGACGGGAGCCAGUGGCCGUCCGACCCGCCGGCGUUCAAGGAGACCAUGCGCGAGUACCGCGCCGAGCUGAGGAAGCUCGCCGAGCGCGUCAUGGAGGCCAUGGACGAGAACCUCGGCCUGGACCGGGGCACCAUCAAGGCCGCCUUCUCCGGCGACGGCCGGCACGAGCCUUUCUUCGGCACCAAGGUCAGCCACUACCCGCCGUGCCCGCGCCCGGACCUCAUCACUGGCCUGCGCGCGCACACCGACGCCGGCGGCGUCAUCCUGCUGUUCCAGGACGACAAGGUCGGCGGCCUCGAGGUGCUCAAGGACGGCCAGUGGACCGACGUGCAGCCGCUCGCGGGCGCCAUCGUCGUCAACACCGGCGACCAGAUCGAGGUGCUCAGCAACGGCCGGUACCGCAGCGCCUGGCACCGCGUGCUGCCCAUGCGCGACGGCAACCGCCGCUCCAUCGCUUCCUUCUACAACCCGGCCAGCGAGGCCACCAUCUCGCCGGCGGCGGUGGCCACCAGCGGCGGCGAGGCGUACCCCAAGUACAUGUUCGGCGACUACAUGGACGUGUACGUCAAGCAGAAGUUCCAGGCCAAGGAGCCAAGGUUCGAAGCCGUCAAGGCGGCGGCGCCAAAGUCAUCUCCAGCGGCAUAAAUAAAUGGGGGUGGAAAUCGAAAAUUUUAAUAUAUUAUAAAUAAUUAUUAAUUUAUUUGUUGGAUAUAACAGCUGAAUAAAUAAUAAUAUAAGUAUAAUAAAUACGGGUUAGCACUUGUGGUGUUUCACUGUGUUUAACUUUAGUGGCAUGGCAUGAUAUAUUGUUGUAGCAAUAAGUUUGUUGAGUUUUAAUCCUAUAGAUAUAGAAAAGAAAAAGGUGUGUCUAGUCUUUGGUGUAUAGAGUUUAUUGAGCACAUGCAUAUCCAAGUAUUGGGUUUUUUCAUGUACUUAAUGUGAUAGUGGUUGUAUGUAAGAGUUGUACCAUCAUUUUUCGAAUGCAAUAAAGAGUGUGUUUGGCAUGACUCCGUA